AUGAGGCCUCGCGACGCCAUCGUCGCGGGGUUACGGCGCGUGAUCCGGCACCACGUCGCGGCGUCCACGGCGCUCUACCUCCUCGGCGUCCUCGCCGCGGCGCUUUACCCCGCCCUCGCGAGACGCACCUUCGUAGACGAGAACGCCUUCCUCGUGGCGCAGACCACCGUCGGGUUCGAUCGGCGCGACGCUCGCGACGCCUCGGAGCAUUACCGGGCGGCGAUCGACGCCGCGAGGACAUCGCCGGGGGACGUGCAUCGUUCGGACGCGCUGAGAGGAUGGCUGGAGGACGAGCUGGACGCGCUGGGGAUGGAGCGGUAUCGACAGGCGUUCGCGCUGGAUCGACACAGCUGGACGCGCGGCGACGAUGAUUGGGGAAGAAGAUCAGACGCUUCUUCCAUCGACAACGCGACGCACGGAGUGAACGUCCACGCCGUCGCGAGGGCCGCGCGGGGCAACGGAAGGGAAGGCAUCGUCCUCGCCACCCCGAUCGGCGCGCCCGGCGCGACGCUCGAAGCCGACGCCGCCGCGCUCGCCCUCGGCCUCGUCGUCAUGAGAACCAUCGCGUCAGCGCCGUGGCUCGCCAAAGACGUCGCGUGGCUCGUCGCGGACGCGCGGUGGGGACCGGGCGAUCACGGCAUCGCCGCGACCGACGCGUGGCUCCGCGAGUACCACGACCCGGGAUCGAGCACGCAUCAUAGUGCCGGGCAUCUUACACAGCAUCGAAGGCAUCGUGCACAGCUGUCGCCCUCUCCCCUCGCGCUGUUCGGACGCGUCGGCGCCCUGCAGCAGGCAUACGUGCUCGAGCUUCCCGAGGGCGCCGUCGCCGACGUCGCGUCGAUUAACGUCGUCGGAUUCAACGGGGCGCUGCCCAACCAGGACCUUCUCAACGUGCCCGUGCAGCUCGCGAAGCUCGCGGGGUUUCCGAGAGCCGGGAUCUUCGCGGAUUCUUCGAGAUUCUCCGGGACGGGCGGCGGCGAUGGAGACGGAGGCGUCAAAGGAGGCGACUUGUUCGACGCGGUCGGCGCGGUCGUCGGCGGGGCUCCGUUCGCGGCGGAUCUUCGCCGGGUCGCGGGGUUUGCGCUCGCUUUGGCUCGCGGAACCCCCGCCGGGUCGCACGCGUCGUUCAAGUCGUACGCCGUGGACGCGGUGACGGUGCGAAUGAGCGGCAGCAGGGGGGUGCCCACCGGGGGUGCCCACCGGCGCGACGGCGUCAGCGGCGAGGACGCGUUUUUGCGGUUGGGAACGUUCGCGGAGAGCGCGGUGCGAUGCUCCAACAACCUUCUGGAGACGCUGCACCACUCGAUGUUUUACUACGUCAUGGUCGACGACGAUCGGUUCUUGUCCAUAGCCGAGUACGUCGCGCCGCAGGGGCUGAUGCUGGCGUCGUCCCUCGUCACGGCGAUCGCGCUCGCCGUGAUCGGGACGUCGACGGGGGGGGUCGCAUCCGUCUUUGUCGCCGAGAAGACGCGCGGGAAGAACGGCGGGAAGAACGGCGGGAAGGCUACACCCGCCGCGACUGCCCCCGCGCACGACUGGUCCUCCGCGCUCGCGCUCGCGCUCCUCGCGCACGUCGCCGGCUGGUGCGUGCUGCUCGUCGCGACGCGGACGGCGUCGACGGCGGCGCAGCUGGCGGCGGCGUACGCGGGCGCGCUCGCGACGGCUGCGGCGGCGUUGGCGACGUGGUCUAAUAAUGUCGACGGUGAUGAGGGUUCGUUCGACGGUGAUGAGGGCGAUGGGCGCGUCGGGGCGCGCCGCGAACCCCCGUGGGCGACGCUCAAGGUUGUCGCGCUGAGCGUCCAGGUGGCGUCGCUCGGCGCGCUGACUUUUUUCAACUUUGCGCUCGCCGUCGCCGUCACGGCUCCGCUCGCGCCGCUUCAGCUGUGGGCGCACGGGGGUGUCGGCGGGGCGAUCAAACCGUGGUUGAGGGCGGCGCUCACGCUCGUCGCGGCGCCGGUCCUGCUCGUCGCGACGUCGUGCGCGGCGCUCGGGACGGACGCGCGCGCGUGCAGCUUGGGUGACGCGGCCGCCGCGCACGUCGCCUGGGGGGAACGCGUUCACGUCUUGCCGCUGGCGUGGUGCGUGGCGUGGCCGGGCUUGGUGCUGGCGGCGUGCGUGCACCUCGGAGGCGUGCGGGGUUGGCGCCGGGGGGCGUCGACGCGGGAGGAGGAGGCGCCGGGGGGACCGGAGGGGAAGAAGCGUCGAUAG